AAGAAAACAAAAUAAAAGUUUAGAGGAGUUUCACGUUUCGUAUCAAGUGCAGAUUUUCCCAUACAUUUUUAUUCUGUUUAAAAUGGGUCGCAAGGUUACAUUAGCGACUUGCUCCUUAAAUCAGUGGGCUUUGGAUUUUAAGGGCAACCUGACCAGAAUACUUAAAAGUAUUGAGAUAGCCAAGCUGAAAGGAGCCAAAUACAGACUUGGACCAGAGCUGGAGAUCUGUGGGUACGGUUGUGCCGACCAUUUCUACGAGUCCGACACCUUGCUUCAUUGCUUUCAAGUCCUGAAGUCUCUCUUGGAAUCUCCCUUGACAGAAGACAUCAUCUGUGAUGUGGGAAUGCCUAUUAUGCAUCACAAUGUUCGAUAUAACUGCAGAGUCAUUUUCCUGAACAAAAAGAUAUUGUUGAUUCGUCCAAAAAUGCUCUUGGCAAAUUAUGGCAACAACAGAGAAUUUCGGUGGUUUUCACCUUGGAGUCAACCUAGACAUGUUGAGGAGUACUUUUUACCAAGAAUGAUUCAAGAUGUGACAGGACAGGCCACAGUACCGUUUGGAGAUGGGGUGCUGUCCACCAAGGACACCUGUUUAGGGAGUGAGAUUUGUGCUGAGCUGUGGAACCCCAGAAGUCCACAUGUUGACAUGGGUUUGGAUGGCGUUGAGAUCUUCACCAAUUCUUCUGCAAGCUACCAUGAGCUACGCAAGGCUGACCACAGGGUAAACUUGGUGAAAUCUGCCACCACUAAGAGUGGAGGGAUUUAUCUGUUCGCCAAUCAGAAGGGCUGUGAUGGAGACCGUUUGUACUAUGAUGGCUGUGCUAUGAUCGCUAUCAAUGGAGAUAUCGUUGCCCGGGGGGCGCAGUUUUCACUUGAAGAUGUGGAGGUCGUCACAGCUACUCUUGAUCUGGAAGAUGUGCGCAGUUAUCGUGGAGAGAGGUGUCACCCUCACAUGGAGUAUGAACACAAACCCUAUCAGAGGAUUAAAGCAGACUUCUCAUUGUCUAACUGUGAUGAUAUGUGUCUGCCCACGCUUCAACCUGUGGAGUGGAGUUUUCACACACCUGAAGAAGAGAUCAGUCUUGGUCCUGCUUGUUGGCUAUGGGACUACCUAAGGAGAAGUGGACAGGCUGGCUUUCUUCUUCCUCUCAGUGGUGGUGUAGACAGUUCAUCCAGUGCCUGUAUCGUGUACUCCAUGUGUGUGCAGAUCUGCCAAGCCAUCAGACAAGGCAAUUCUCAGGUGUGAGAUGUGCAGCGAGUGGUCAAUGAUUCGUCCUACAGACCCGAUGACCCGCAUGAGCUGUGCGGACGUCUCUUCACCACAUGUUACAUGGCUAGUGAAAACUCUUCUGAGGACACGCGCAACAGAGCCAAAGAUCUCGCAGCUCAGAUCGGCAGCAAUCAUCUGAAUAUCAAUAUCGACAUGGCAGUGAAAGGCAUGCUGGGAAUUUUCUCCAUGGUGACAGGAAAGUGGCCUCAGUUUCGUGCAAACGGCGGGAGUGCCAGAGAAAACUUGGCACUGCAAAAUGUUCAGGCUCGUAUCAGGAUGGUUUUGGCCUAUCUCUUUGCUCAGCUCUGUUUGUGGGCUCAGGGGAAGCCUGGUGGUUUAUUGGUGCUUGGUUCAGCUAAUGUGGAUGAGAGUUUAACAGGAUACUUUACGAAGUAUGACUGCUCCAGUGCAGAUAUUAAUCCCAUCGGCGGUGUUAGUAAGACGGACUUGAAGUGUUUCCUAGAGUACUGUAUUAAACACUUCCAGCUCACGGCCCUCACAAGAAUCCUGGAAGCUCCACCCACUGCAGAGCUCGAGCCACUGACAGACGGGAAGGUGGUCCAGACCGAUGAGGCUGAUAUGGGAAUGACCUACUCCGAGCUCUCUGUGAUUGGCAGACUCCGGAAGAUUUCCAAAUGUGGCCCGUACAGCAUGUUUUGCAAGCUCAUUCACUUAUGGAAAGAGACCUUUUCUCCUUCACAGGUGGCUGCUAAAGUGAAGCACUUUUUUAGGAUGUACUCGAUCAACAGACACAAGAUGACGACCGUAACUCCCUCAUAUCAUGCUGAAAACUACAGCCCAGAUGACAACCGAUUUGACCUACGACCCUUCUUAUACAACACACGAUGGGAUUGGCAGUUCGGCAGCAUUGAUGAUGAGGUGGCUAUAAUUGAGAAAGAGGGUGGCCGUAUGUAGAUCUGUUUUGAGAUCUGUACUUCAUUGAUCACUGGUCCAAAGAUUCAUCUCAUCCAGUGACGUGGAUGCCGAUGUUUUGCAGUACUCUACACUCCUUUAUCCAAUCUUGCUCCAUUCACCUGUAGAUAGUUGAAAUGUUAUUGAUUUUUACUUAUUUAGCAAAUUUGUAAAUCACAAAUAAUGUCUUCAGCUGUGUUAGCAUUGAUUAUUAAUGUAAUGUAUUAAUGAUAGAUGAUAAUGUUAUAUUACUAUGACAGAUCUGUUGUUAAUUCUUUAUUAUAAUCAACAAACCUAUUGUGUGCAUUCAGAAAAUGCAAAGUAAACACAUUGGUCAGAUAAGAUCGGCGGCAUAUGGUGUGAAAGAAGUUUUGGGUCAGUUUCCACUAGACUGCAUAAUGCCAUUUGCAGUUUGACAAGCCUAAAGUUAAAAUAUAGAUUUUAUAUUGAUGGUUUUAUGUUAAACUGUUUCCAUAUAUCUGAUUUAAAGAAAAUGAUGAUUAGAGUUGUCAGGUUGAUGCAUGCAAAAUGAUAAUAUAAAGCAGUAAAGGGCGGAUGUGGA